AUGGAUCGAAGUUGGAUGUAUGGUAAACGAAAUUGUACAAGUUUUUUACGAGGAAUUGAAGAGUUUAGCACUGUUGCCUUAAAACACAAAACAGAGAAUAAAUCAAAGAUUAUUCUUUGUCCUUGUUGUGACUGUAAUAAUUCGAGGGGAUAUCGUGAUAUAGUUGAUAUUAAAGAUCAUCUAAUUCGUCGUGGGUUUAAAGAAAACUACACGAGGUGGACAUGGCAUGGUGAGAGCAUAUAUAUUGAGGCAAGUUCUAGUUAUUGUCCAAGGGAAGAUGAGAAUCAUUGUGAUGAUGAUAAUGAACACCAAGGUGAGGAUAUCGAUACAACUGAUGAUAUUGGUGUUGAAAGUGAGAGUGAAGUGGAGAAGGACAGGAUAGAUGAAAUGAUGCAUGAUGUUGAAGACCAUUUCACAGAGUGUCCCCAUACAUAUGAUAGUAUUUUGAGAGCUGCUGAAACCCCGUUAUAUCCUGAUUGUACAAAGUUCACUAAACUUGGUGCUAUUAUGAAGUUAUUCAACUUAAAGGCGAGCAAUUGUUGGACCGACAAGGGUUUUACGCAGUUGUUAGAAGCCUUAGUAGAAAUGUUUCCCGACGGGAAUGAACUUCCAAACUCCACCUAUGAGGCCAAGAAACUUAUGUGCCCCUUGGGUAUGGAGUAUGAGAAGAUACAUGCUUGUCCCAAUGACUGUGUGUUGUAUCGAAAUGAGUAUGCUGAUUUGCAUGAGAGUCCAAGGUGUGGAGUUUCUCGUUACAAGAUGAAUGAUACUGGUGAGAUGUGUAAGAAAGGGUCUUCGGCUAAGUUAUUAUGGUAUCUUCCAAUUAUACCGAGAUUUAGGAGACUCUUCUCGGAUGAAAAAACUGCAAAAUUAUUGAGGUGGCAUGCUGAUGGGAGGAAGAAAGAUGGGUUAAUGAGGCAUCUUGCUGAUUCCCCGCAAUGGAGGAACAUUGAUCGAAAGUUCAAGGACUUUGGUGAAGAAGAUCAAAAUCUUAGGCUUGGUCUUAGUACAGAUGGAAUGAACCCAUUUGGGACACUAAGUACCCAAUAUAGCACUUGGUCGGUUCUUCUAACUAUCUACAAUUUGCCUCCUUGGUUAUGCAUGAAGUCUAGAUACAUUAUGUUGUCCCUUCUAAUAUCUGGGACUAAACAACCUAGAAAUGACAUUGAUGUGUAUCUAGCGCCUCUCAUUGAAGAUUUGAAAUUGUUGUGGAAUGAAGGUGUCCAAAUGUUUUAUGCAUAUAGUAAAACUAAUUUCACUUUACGUGCCAUGAUUUUUUGUACAAUAAAUGACUUCCCAUCUUAUGGGAAUUUGUCGGGGUACACUGUGAAGGGAACAACUCCUUGCCCCAUUUGUGAAGAUGAUUUGGAGGCAUUGCGCCUAGACAAUUGUGGCAAGCAUGUAUACAUGGAUAAUCGAAGACAUCUUCGAGAAGACCACCCUUUUCGAUUCAAUAAGGAUGCUUUUAAUGGAAAAGUGGAGUUGAGAGAAGCUCGUGGCCCUUUACGUGCAAGUGAGGUUUAUCAGCGGGUCAAAGACAUUGAGAAUGAGUUUGGUAAGCCUUACAAAAGCAAAUCAACUGGGGGUUACAAGAAGAAGUCUGAGCUAUGGUCUCUUCCAUAUUGGAGACAUUUGGAAGUUAGGCAUUGUCUAGAUGUAAUGCAUAUUGAGAAAAAUGUCUGUGAUGCCAUUGUGGGAACUUUAUUAAAUAUGCCAGGAAAGACAAAGGAUGGAGUUAAAGUAAGAAAAGACAUGGCUGCUAUGGGUUAUUCAGAGUUGGCACCGAAUCUCGAGGAAAACGCUGGUAUCUUCCCCCAGCUUGCUUUACCUUGUCUAAAAAGGAAAAAACUAGCUUCUGUGAGUCAUUGCAUGGUUUAA